CUCUUGCAGGCAGCAGCAAUGCCGGGCUGGGCUUGUUGUUGUGUUGCCCAGAGCCCGGCGUAGCAACCUGUGAAAGGGAAGCGGUGCCAGGCGCCUCCCAGGCGAAGGAAGAACCUGCUUUCCCACUGAAGCAGGGAUGUCUGCGGAGUCCCCCUGCCUGAUGUUAUCAUGUGGGAGCUGAAAUGCCCCCUGCGCAGCCAACCGGAUGUGGACAUGUCCCCAGGCCGCCUGCUGCUCUCGUUGGUGGUUGCACUGGUGCUCCUGCUGCCCUUGUACCUAGCUGCCCGCCCACCUUCCUACCCAUCCUUUUCGGUCCCCAACACCACCUUCAAUCAUCUAGCCCGAGCCCGGGACACUGGGACACUGUAUGUGGGUGCAGUCAACUUCUUAUUUCAGCUGAGCCCUGAGCUGAGGUUGGUGGAGCGGACGCGCACAGGGCCACAGGAAGACAGCCCCGAGUGUCUUCCUUUCCGGGAUCCUCGCGAUUGUCCGCAGGCCCGGCUCACGGACAAUUCGAACAAGCUCCUGUUGCCCAAUGAGCAUGCCGGGGAGCUGAUUGUCUGUGGGCAGCUCUUCCAGGGUGUGUGUGAGAAGCGAGCCUUGGCAGACAUUACCAAAGUCCUGUACCGCCCAGAGGAUCCUGGCGACAACCAGUUUGUGGCAGCCAACGAGCCCCGGGUUUCAACUGUGGGCUUGGUGGGGCAGCAUGGUGGCCGAGACCUCCUCUUUGUGGGUCGCGGGCUGACUGCAAAGCUUUCUGGAGGGAUCCCGCCAUUCACCAUUCGGCAGCUGGAUGGAUCGCAGGCUUUCUCCAACGAAGGGAUGGGCAAGCUGGUGGUGGGUGACUUCUCGGACUACAACAAUAGCUACAUAGCUGCCUUUGCUUCUGGGGGCUAUGUCUACUUCCUGUUCUCGCGGCGUGGAGCCAAGGCACAGAUGGAGUACCGCGCCUACCUCUCCCGGAGCUGCAUGGAUGACACUAACCUCUACUCCUACGUCGAGCUUCCCUUGGAGUGUCGGGAUGCUAAAGGGCGUGUUUAUAACCUGGCUCAAGCUGCACAUCUGGCAUCCGGGUUCCCCGGUGAAGGGGCAACGCUCUUUGUCAUCUUGGCCACUGGGCAAGGCUCCACGGCAUCUCCCACGGCACAGACAGCGCUGUGCUCCUACAGCUUGAGUGAGGUGAAUGAGGCCAUGGAGCAGACGCGGCGGCUGUGUUACACCUCAGCUGGACUAGGUCCCACAAGGGAGGAGGAGGCUGCCAUUGAGUAUGGCGUGACUUCUCUGUGCAACUUGUUGCCCAAGGAGUCCCCAGAGGCUUAUCCCUGUGGGGAUGAACACACGCCUAGUCCCAUUGCCAGCCGGAAGCCAGUGUUGGCUGAGGCACUUCUAACUACUCUUCCAAGACUGACAGCUGUGGCAGCCAUGGUAGAAGUGGGUCAUACCAUUGCCUUCCUUGGGGAUGGUACUGGGCAGCUUCAUAAGGUUUAUUUGAAUGGCUCAGUGGCACAAGUCUACAGCACUGUAUCUCCUGGCCCACGUUCUCCUGUUAAUCCAGACUUACUACUAGAUGGCAGUGGGACCCACCUGUAUGUGAUGACGGCCUCACGGCUCUCCAAGGUCCCUGUCUCAGAAUGCCCUCACUUCCAGGACUGUGCCUCGUGCCUGAAUGCCCAAGACCCUUUCUGUGGUUGGUGUGUCCUACAGAGUAGAUGCACUCGGAAGUUGGAAUGUGAACGCCAUGAGGUGGCCAAUCACUGGCUGUGGAGCUAUGGAGCUGAGAGCCAAUGUCUGAGAGUGGAGCAGAUAUCACCAGCCAAUCAGAGUCGAGAGGAGCAGACGGAAGUCUCCAUGAUGGUCCCCCGUCUCCCUGCGCUGGCUGAGGGAGAGCAUUACCAUUGUGCCUUUGGUACCCAAGACAGCCCAGCCCAGUUACAAGACUCCUGGGUUCGCUGCUUCUCACCUGUUCCUCAACAGGUGCCACGCACCCAAGAGGGCAAAGAUCAUGUGACCAUGGCAUUGGCCCUGAUGUUCCAGGAUGUGGUCGUGGCCUCGGUGGGAUUCUCCUUCUAUGACUGCAACGCAGUGAGCCAGCUCGCUGAUGACACCCCGUGUGGAACGUGUGUGGGCAGUCCCUGGAUGUGCCAUUGGUGCCCAUCCAGUCACCGCUGUGUCCCUGAAGGACCCUGCCCAGAUGGAGAGGGGCUUGUCUACAAUGAGAAGGUGUCCACUGAAGAGCUGCAGGGUCCAGCUGCCUGCCCCAGUGUGGGGGUCACUGGAGAGGCCCAUUUGAUUCCCGUUGGUGUGGAAAUGCCACUGAACCUGGUCGCUUGGAAUCUACACUUGUUGGCGGGCCCCGUGACCCUCUCCUGUGUCCUGGAGGUGGAGGAGACCCAGGUUGUGGUGCCCGCAUCCCUGGAAGAAAGGGACAGGGGGACUUCCCACCGUGUGCAGUGCCUGCCCCGGGCUUAUAGCUACACACAGUCUGCCUCAGAGCUACACAUCCCUCUCUACGUCAUGGUGGGGGGUGACCAGCGCCUUGACAGUCGUGGAGACCUGCAUGCAACUCUGUACAAUUGUUCCACUGGCCGUUCUGACUGCAGCCGCUGCAAAGCUGCCCCUCCUCACUUCCGCUGUGUUUGGUGCCAGGUGGGAGAGGUGCCUGGCUGUGUCUAUGAGGAGCUGUGUCCCUCCAAAUCUGGUGUCUUUGCUUGCCCGUCGCCAGUCAUCCAUUCGUUCCAUCCCCUCACUGGACCCUUGGAAGGGGGGGUGUCUCUCACAGUGAUUGGGUCUAACCUGGGUCAUCGCUUUGAGGAUGUGGCUGAGACUGUCACAGUGGCUGGGCUGCCAUGCAUCCCCAAGCCAGCCUUCUAUCUCGUCUCUACUCGGAUCGUCUGUGCUGUAUCCCCAGGAAGGCGAGGACUGUCUGGCCCCAUUCAGGUCACUGUAGGGGACCGUCCUCCAGGUGUUUCUGCAAGCUACUUCACCUAUCAGGAUCCCACCCUUCUUGAUCUGCACCCCCGCCUUGGCCCUAUCGCGGGAGGCACCCAAAUCACCAUCACUGGGAAAGAACUUCUGACAGGCGCUGAGAUUGCUGCCUAUGUGGGGGACCAGCCCUGCACCCUUGAGGAUCCUGUGGAAUCGGAGGCUCUUGUUUGCCGCACCAGUGCGAGCCCUAAACCGCAGGAGGCGCAUAUCUGGGUCCAGUACGGUGAGGCACAGCGCAGGCUGCCGGAGAAGACCUUCCGUUACACACCAAAUCCCCGGCUCACAGGGGCUUCCCCAGCCACCAGCUUCCAUGGGGGUGGACGGAUCAUCCGUGUGGAGGGGACUGAUUUGGAUGUGGUGCAGCAGCCUCUCAUCAAAGCUAUCCUAGAGCCAGAGGAGGUGGCAGAAGCAAGUGGGGCUGGCCGGAAGAAAAGAGCCUGUGACUCCUUGCAGGGAGCCCCUUCCCCUCUGAUGCCUGAUCCCCCACGCCCUUGUGUUGAGGUGGGACACAUGUUGGAGUGCUGGGAGCCUUGCUGUGCCAAUUCAUCCACUCUUCUCCUCUGCCCGUCACCUGCCGUGCCACCCAGUGCCCGCUUCCACCACCUUCUUUUUGAGCUGGAUGGGCUCCGUAUCCCCUUUAGCAAUGCCAGCGGGGGCCAAAAUUUCUCCUACAAGCCCAAUCCCCAGCUGCGCUGGCCAGGACGGGAUUCCACGGGGCGUCCUUUCAGCCUUAAACCUGGCAACGUCUUGGAUAUAGAGGGGGAAGGCUUGAACCUGGGCAUCAGCAAAAGCGAAGUGAGGGUCAUCAUUGGCAACAACGUCUGCACCGUCAAGACCCUGACGAAUACGCAUUUGUACUGCGAGCCCCCUCCGCAACCCCCACAGCCGCUUAAUGCUUCCUCUGUGCUGCCGGAGUUCAUUGUCCAAAUGGGAAACUUGCGUCUGGAUCUUGGCCGAGUUCGCUACGACACAGAGCCUCCAUCCCGUUUCCCCCCUGAAGCCCAGAUUGGGCUGGGAGUGGGGGCAGCCGUGCUGGCUUUUGUAGUGCUGCUCCUCAUCCUAAUGUACAGGCGGAAGAGCAAGCAAGCCCUGAGGGACUACAAGAAAGUGCUGGUGCAGCUCAAGGCCCUGGAGAUCAGUGUUGGAGACCAGUGCCGCAAGGAAUUCACGGACCUAAUGACAGAAAUGACUGACCUGAGUGGCGAGCUGGAGGGCUCAGGGAUCCCAUUCCUGGACUACAACACCUACGCCCAGCGUGUCUUCUUCCCUGGUCAGGGGGGAGCACCGUUGCGAUGUGGGCUGGACCUGCCUGAGGGGCGCCGGGCCACAGUGGAGCAGGGGCUGGGGCAACUCUCCAACCUGCUGAACAGCAAAGUCUUCCUGCUGACGUUAAUCCGGACGCUGGAGGCCCAGCCUACCUUCUCGCAGCGGGAUCGGUGUCAUGCGGCAUCACUACUCUCACUGGCCCUCCACGGGCGCCUAGAGUAUUUGACAGACAUCAUGCAGACUCUCUUGAGUGACCUUGCUGCCCACUGCGUUGCCCGCAACCCCAAGCUCAUGCUUCGCAGGACAGAGACCAUGGUGGAGAAACUGUUGACCAACUGGAUGUCAAUCUGCCUGUACUCUUAUCUCAGGGAGGUGGCUGGUGAGCCCCUGUACAUGCUUUUCCGCGCUAUCAAGUACCAAGUGGAUAAGGGCCCAGUCGAUGCUGUGACAGGCAAGGCCAAACGGACACUGAACGACGGGCGGCUUCUGCGAGAAGAUGUGGAGUAUCGGCCGCUCACCCUGACUGUCCUGGUGCGUGGGAGUGGCCCCGGAGGUGGGGGCGAGACCCAGCGCAUCCCGGCCCGUGUCCUUGACACAGACACCAUCACCCAGGUGAAGGAGAAGAUCCUGGACCAAGUCUACAGGGGGGUGCCUUUCUCUCAGCGUCCCUCCGUGCACUCUCUUGACUUAGAGUGGCGCUCAGGUGUUGCUGGCCACCUGACUCUUUCUGAUGAAGAUCUGACGUCCGUCACGCAGAACCAAUGGAAGAGGCUGAACACUCUACAGCAUUAUAAGGUUCCAGAUGGAGCCACGGUUGGUCUCAUCCCCCGCCUUCACAAUGACAUCUCCCAAGGCACAAGCCAGAACGUCUUCUCUGGAGAAAAUACCCCAAUGCUGGAGGAUGGUGAGGAGGGGGGGCUGCGCCUUUGGCACUUGGUAAAGCCCUCUGAGGAGCCUGAGCCCACAAAGCAGCAACAGGAGCGGCGGAGCAGUCUGCGAGAGCGCGCAAAGGUUAUUCCCGAGAUCUACCUCACCCGUUUACUUUCCAUGAAGGGGACACUGCAGAAGUUUGUGGAUGACGCGUUCAAGGCUGUGCUGAGUGUGAACCGGCCUGUACCCAUCGCUGUCAAGUAUCUAUUUGACCUGUUGGAUGAACUAGCAGCCCGGCAUGGGGUCAACGAGCCAGAGACCCUGCACAUCUGGAAAACCAACAGUUUGCUGCUGCGCUUCUGGGUGAACACACUCAAGAACCCACAGUUCAUUUUUGAUGUGCGUGUCUCUGACAACGUAGACGCCAACCUGAGUGUCAUUGCUCAAACAUUCAUUGAUGCUUGCACAACUGCUGAGCACAAAGUUGGCAGGGAUUCACCAGUCAACAAACUGCUGUAUGCUAGGGAAAUUCCACAAUACAAACAGAUGGUAGAGAAGUAUUACUCCGAUAUUCGACAGACAGUUCCUGCUAGCUACCAGGAGAUGAACUCUGCCCUGACGGAACUCUCAGGGAAAUAUUCCUCUGACCUAAACUGCUUGGUUGCCCUCCAGGAACUGUACAACUACAUUAAUAAGUACUAUGACCAGAUAAUCAGUGCACUAGAAGAUGAUCCAUUGGGCCAGAAGAUGCAGCUGGCAUAUCGACUGCAACAGAUUGCCGCUCUCGUAGAGAACAAAGUGACUGACUUGUGACACACCUUACUACCUGAUCAGAUGGCACAUGACUAAGGGGUAUCAGGUUGAGCUAACUUGAAAGUCCCCCGCUGUCCAUCUGCGUGUGCACAAACCCAUCACUGCCCCCAGUGCCUUAAUCGCAUAGAUGCUGCCGGGCUCUCUAGCACUCAGUGCACUCUUUCGCUCUCACUCUCUUUUUAAACUAGCUGCAAAGGGAAUCCUCACAGUCCAUGACACUGGCUCUGUAAAUAAAAGGGUGUAUUUAUUUCUAUUGCUCUCUGAGGAGGCUGCCAGCUGCCUUCUCCCACCUUUGAGGGAGUAGGGUUAUGACACCUCCCUUCUGACCACUCAAGCAUCUGGGAUUUGGGGGAUAUGCCCCUCACCUCUCCAUUUCCUGGCUGGUAAUGCACUAAUAUUGGGGUGGUAACCCAAACUUCCAGCUUCCUCUGUACAAACCGAUUCUAACUAGUCUCUCUUUUAACAUCCCCCUCCCCCCGAAAAAUUGUAUGUAUAUAUGGGAGCUCUCGCUCCAGGAUUGUAUUUAUUUUAAUGAGACUUGGGAAAAUUAAAUGAAACUUUUAAGAAAAACAAA